AUGGAUCGUCGAAGUAAUCAAAAUCAAUCAAAAGUAGAAGGAAAUAAAGAUAAGUCUACAAAAUAUGGAGCUCAAACAAAUAAUUUCAGCGAAGAUGUAGAGGAAAAGGAUAUGAAAGGGGAAGAGAAAAAUAAUUUCAUUUUGCAUGCUCAUUCCAAAGACCUUAUGAAUAAGAAAAUUAAUGUUGGUGUAACUUUUGAGUCGAGUUUUCUUAUUCAAGGGCUCAGUCGAGAUCUGUCAAUUCAUUGUCUUUUGAAAUUGUCAAGGUCUGAUUAUGGAUUAAUUGCCACAUUAAAUAAGAGUUUUAGAUCAUUGAUUAAAACAGGUGAAUUGUAUAAACUGAGGAAAAAAAUUGGUAUAUUAGAACAUUGGAUUUACUUCUCCUCUGAAGUCCUUCAAUGGGAGGCUUUUGAUCCAAAUCGCAAUAGAUGGAUGCAUUUGCCUAAAAUAAAUUCCGAAAAAGUUCAAGUUUUUGGGUCAUUGGCUGUUGGUACAGAGCUUCUAGUAAUUGGAACUAAAUUAAUGGAUCCUAUCAUUUACAAGUAUAGCCUUCUGACAAAUACAUGGUCGGUUGGAAAAAUGUUGCAAACUCCCAGACGCAUGUUUGGUUAUGCGAGCCUCGGAGAAAUUGGCAUUAUUGCUGGUGGUGUUGAUGAGGGUGGAAAGACCUUGAGCUCGGCCGAACUUUAUGACUCUAACACUGGAAAAUGGGAGACCCUUCCAAAAAUGAAUACGCCCAGAAUAAUGUGCUCAUGUGUAUUUAUGGAAGGAAAAUUUUAUGUAAUAGGUGGGAUUGGAGCAUACGAUAAAACACAUCUUACAUGCGGUGAAGAGUUUGAUAUGAAGACAAAAGAAUGGCGGGUUAUACCCAACAUGUUUCCGAUACAAAAUUCGAUGUUUGGAGCACCAUUCAUUUUUAAAUCAUUGCAUUCGUAUGCAGCUGUAAAAAAUGUACUAUAUGCUGCUGAUUAUGCACAACAAGAAAUAAAGAAGUUUGAUAAAGAUACCCACUCAUGGGUUAUCAUUGGAACAUUUCCCAAUCAUGACACCUCAGUUGAUGUUUGGGGCCUAUCCUUUCAUUCAUGUGGAGAUCGGCUAUUAUUUUUUGGAGGUUGUCAUAUUUAUGGAAAGGAUAUGAUUGAAAUUUAUUCUUGGGUUGCAGAUGAAGGUGUGCCACAUUGGAAAUUGCUAGCGAGAAAGAAAUCAUUGAAAUUUAUGCAUAAUUGUGCGGUGAUGGGAUGUUGA